UUUAAAUGUGUGUAUUACGAAUUGGAUUAUAAGUGAAUAUAUACUAUACAAUAAGUAUAUUUUUUAAAUGACUUCCAAAUCAUAUAUGAAAUAUGGCGAUGAAAUUAAACUUUCUGAAGAACAGCUUCUACAGAUAAAACAAAUGUUUAAUUUGACAGACCAUCAAUUGAACGAAAUUUACGAAUGUUUUAAGUUAAUUGACAUUGAUGGUUCAGGAAAGCUUACAAACAUUAAGUUGCAUAAGGCAAUAAACUCAUUGAAAAGCGAAGUAACAUUACAAGAUGUUGAAGAAAUAAUUGAGGAUAUCAAUGAAGAAAAAAAAGACAAACAAGUGAUCGAAUUCAUAGAUUUUGUUAAAAUAAUGGGUAAAGAAAUAAAAGAACCUCUGAGUGAAGAAGAUGUUCAAAAUGUAUUUGAGAUAAUAAACGUCAACAAGACUGGUUUUGUUACCUCUUCUGAUUUAUAUUCAGUUUUAACAUCAUUUGGUUUUGAGUUAACUCCAACAGAAAUUGAUGCAACAUUUAAAAAAUACGGAGAUGGUUUAAUCAAUUUUGAAGAAAUAAAGAUGCUUACGCAACAAGCGCAUGCAAGUAUUCUUGGACCUGAAGAUAGUUUUGACGAGAAAAACAACAUAGAAGAGAAGAAUAACGAUAGUUAAUAAGAAAAUUUUACAAGAACAAUAACAUAGAAGAGAAGAAAAACGUCAGUUUAUAAGAAAAUUUUAUAUAACUACAUGUUUCAAAGGAUUAGCAAAGAUUAGUAAGGAUAGAUCAAACAUGAAAUUAAAAAUAAAGUAA